CUUUUCGACAGUGCUAAACAAAAUACGGCUUUAAGCAUGUUGACAUGUUGGGUUAACGUGCUUACUAAGCAUUAUGUUUUAAAUUGAAUCAGUAUUUAUUUCAGUGUCAUAGAAUUAGUGUGUCGGUGAAAUAGUUUUGUCUGCACUGUUGUCAUGGGGAAGCCAAAGAAGAAGAGUGACCUCAGCCGUGCGGAGCUGAUGAUGAUGACGAUAGCCGACGUCAUCAAGCAACUGGUUGAGGCUCAUGAGGAGGGGAAAGACAUCAACCUCAACAAGGUGAAAACGAAGACGUCGGCUAAGUACGGCCUCUCCGCACAACCGCGCCUGGUGGACAUCAUCGCCGCUGUUCCGCCUCAGUACCGGCGCGCCCUGGUGCCCAAGCUGAAGGCCAAGCCCAUCCGCACAGCCAGUGGGAUCGCAGUGGUUGCAGUCAUGUGCAAACCACACCGAUGUCCUCACAUCAGCUUCACAGGGAACAUCUGUGUAUAUUGUCCUGGAGGUCCUGACUCAGAUUUUGAGUAUUCCACACAAUCUUACACAGGAUAUGAGCCCACGUCAAUGAGGGCCAUCCGGGCACGCUACGACCCCUACCUGCAGACGCGACACCGAGUGGAACAGCUGAAGCAGCUGGGCCACAGCGUGGACAAGGUGGAGUUCAUCGUGAUGGGCGGCACCUUCAUGGCCCUGGCGGAGGAGUACCGCGACUACUUCAUCAGGAACUUGCACGAUGCCCUGUCCGGCCACACCUCCAACAGCGUGACAGAGGCCGUCCGGUACUCCGAGCGCAGCAACACUAAGUGUGUGGGCAUCACCAUAGAGACGCGGCCGGACUACUGCCUGAAGCGGCACCUGAGCGACAUGCUGGGCUACGGCUGCACGCGCCUGGAGAUCGGCGUCCAGAGCGUCUACGAGGACGUGGCGCGAGACACCAACAGGGGCCACACGGUGCGUGCGGUGUGUGAGUCGUUCCAGCUGGCCAAAGACGCCGGCUUUAAGGUGGUGUCCCACAUGAUGCCUGACCUGCCCAACGUGGGCAUGGAGCGAGACAUAGAGCAGUUCAUCGAGUUCUUCGAGAACCCCGCGUUCCGUCCAGAUGGACUGAAGCUGUACCCGACGUUGGUGAUCCGCGGCACGGGUCUGUACGAGCUGUGGAAGACGGGCCGCUACAAGAGCUACUCUCCCAGCGCCCUGGUGGACCUGGUGGCCCGCAUCCUGGCUCUGGUGCCGCCCUGGACCCGAGUGUACCGUGUCCAGAGGGACAUCCCCAUGCCGUUGGUGAGCUCUGGGGUGGAGCAUGGCAACCUGAGGGAGCUGGCUUUGGCCCGCAUGAAGGACAUGGGCACUGAGUGUCGGGACGUAAGAACCAGAGAGGUGGGCAUUCAGGAGAUCCAUCACAAAGUGCGACCCUAUCAGGUGGAGCUGAUCAGGCGCGACUACGUGGCGAACGGCGGCUGGGAGACGUUCCUGUCGUACGAGGACCCGGAGCAGGACAUCCUGAUCGGCCUCCUCCGGCUGCGCCGCUGCUCGCCGCAGUCCUUCCGCGCCGAGCUCAAGGGCGGCGUGUCCAUCGUGCGCGAGCUCCACGUCUACGGCAGCGUGGUGCCCGUCAGCAGCAGAGACCCCAGCAAGUUCCAGCACCAGGGCUUUGGUAUGAUGCUGAUGGAGGAGGCAGAGAGAAUCGCCCGAGAGGAGCACGGCUCCAGCAAGCUCGCUGUCAUCUCAGGGGUAGGAACUAGGAACUACUACAGAAAGAUGGGAUAUGAGCUAGAUGGACCGUAUAUGUUGAAGCGCCUCGAUUGAUGGCCUCCGGAGAGGUUGGACAACACCCAGGAUACUCUUUUAUAGACUCUUUUUUUCAUGGCCCUUGAGAUACCGACGCGAAAUGAGGAGAGGGGUGGCUUUAUAUACUCAGCAAACGCACAUUUUGAGGCCUUUAAGUGAGAAGUCUGCAUGGCUGGUGGUGCCUUAGUGCAGCGGUCAUGGACAUUUCUGUCAGUGGAAUUGGGGACUGAGAAGGUAAUGUCACCACAACUCCACAAGAGUUUGCCCGUCAACAGCAGCACAACAAAACCCACUUCCAGUCAUUUUUUGCAGCCCAUUAUGUUAUCCUGUAUUUAUUUAAGGGGUUAUUAGGCUACUUGGAUUGUGUGUCAUAAAGAUUUUGGUUAGUCCAUGUAUUUGAGUUGUUUGCAUACAAUCUGCAGACUUCUUAUUUGCUGCGGUCUUGUAACAUUCUCUUUGACAGCAGUACACCUGCUGUUUGUUUAAUGAGUCGAUGUAUAGGGGGAAAUUGAAUAUCCGCAGUUGAGUGAACCUAGCUGUUACGUAAACGCACAGAAUCUUUUGGGAAGGAGGCAACUGGGUUGCGUAAGUAAAUCCGUGUUAAUCUUUGUCCAGUUCUCUUCUGAAAUUACAUUUGUGCAUCCUUUAACUGGAAUGUACUAAUUGUGUUGAAUGCCAGUGCUGGCAAAGAAAGACAUUUUGGGUGGUCCAAGAUCAUUCAGGGGUUUUCAGUUUGCCUCAAAUAAAGUCUAUUAAUCUGAAA